AUGUCGCUGUCUCAUACGCCCAGCGCGAUGCUGGCGCGUCUGCCCGGCGGGCCUAAGACGAUCGGUGCCUUCUGCCUGAUCUUAGUAUCGUAUACGACCCAAACCGAGUCCAUGCAGUACAUCCAGCAUAACCUGGGGUACUCCAAGCCCUUGUUUUUGUUGUAUGUCACGCAUAGCAGUUUCCUGCUUCUCCUUCCUGCGUACCUGCUUUGCAUCCACUUCUUUACAUCGGCCAAGGUGGGGCAUGUAUGGAACUUACUUAAGAAGGACUUGACUCGACAAGUCCACCACUUUUUGGAAGUGAGUCCCACUGAGCCAGUCCCGCGACUCACGUGGGUCGUGACCAUGAUUGCCAUCCUUUUCAUCCUGACGGUGGCGCUGACCAUUCCUUCCAUUAGCUGGUUUUUGGCCGUUCCCUUCACGAGCAUGGCCAACAUCACUUCUAUCUACAAUACCUUCAGCUUGUGGGCUUUGGUUUUUUCCGUGUACUUCCUCAAGGAGAACUGGGACUACCUGCAAGCGUGUGCCGUCCUCUUGGGCGUCGUGGGCGUCUCGAUCUCCGCCACUGGCAGUGCCGUGCGACCUACCGCCGAAGAGGCCACAGGCGACAAGGAUAAGAAGACCGGCCUGCUUUCCCCGGCGUUUAUGGGGGAUCUGCUGGCGUUGAUCGGUGCCAUAUCGAUGGCAGCGUACGAGAUUCUGUACAAGCGCCUCACAGAGGUGCCAGAGACCUCAGAGGCCUUUAUACCGAUUCCUUCCGAGGAGACGCCCAUUCACGACACCACCCACGCGGACGACGUAACGGCCGAGGACGAGGAUGCCAUGCCGUUUGGUGUGCAUGCCCUCGCGAUGACGACAGGGAUCGGUCUCGUGACGCUCUGCUUGUUUUGGAUUCCUCUGUUUUUUGCGCAUAUGUACCAGGCCGAGCCGCUCGAGAUGCCGAGGGAUGGCACUGUGAUCGCAUGGAUUGCGCUAAGCGCUACAUGCGGCGUUCUUUUCAACGGAUCGUUCGCGAUUCUCCUUUCUUUAUGGGGCCCUGUCCUUGCAUCCAUGUCGUGUCUUUUGACAACAGUGUUGGUCCAGCUCACCGAUAUGGUACAAGGGAUUCCCUUCACUUGGAUGAGCAUCCUGGGCAAUGUUAUUAUCACAGUCAGUUUCCUGUGCCUACUUCCAUGGUAA